GCGCUGGGGGCGGCGCCGCGCAGGCGCGGGGGGGCGGCCAUGGCGACCUUCUUCGGUGAGGUGGUGGUGGCCCCGUCCCGGGCCGGCCUGGACGAGGAGGAGGAGGCGCGGGAGGAGACGCCCGAGGACCGGGAGAUCCGCAGGGAGAUCGAGAAGAAAAGGGAGAUCGAGGUUCUGUGGAGCUGCGCCGAGGAGCCCUUGGUGUGCUCCAGGUUCAUCGUGGCCAUCGGCAGGAACGCUGCGGCUUUUCUGUCAUCUUUUAUCCUGGAUUCUGUGUGCUGGGAAGUGGUUGGAGUUGUGAAGCUGUGGAACGAGUGGUGCAGAACAUCCAGCACCACAAAUGUCCUCCCCACAGACUCUUUCUGUUUGUUCUACAGGUUGAUAUCAGAUCCCACAGUUUUAUUGUGCCAGUGUAGCUGCUACGUGGCUGAGGAUCAACAGUUCCAGUGGCUUGAGAAGGUUUUUGGCUCCAUGCAGAAGAAAGGCUUGCAAGUAACCAUCCUUUCCACAUGUCCUGUAGCUGAUUAUAAAACUCAGGAAUCCACUCUGACACUCGUAUCUCCAUUCCUGAAAGCCUUGAAGACCAAAGAAUUCCAGGAGCAGGUCUGCUGCCCGCUGCUGGAGCAGCCCAACAUUGUGAGGGACCUUCCUGCUGCUGAGCAGAUUCCUUUUGUGCUGAGUUUAACAGAGAUGUCCUUUUGCCCUGUGGUCAGUUCUGAGUUACUGCCAGGUGUGGCAGAUCCCUGCAGUGCUGUACCAGUGUUACACCGAUGUCAUCAAGCUGGACACUGUCACCAUUGAAGCCUUCAAGCCUCUGCUCUCUUCUAAGCUCCUCAAGAGUUUAGCAAAGGAUGCCUCUGAAAGCACGAAGAUUUUGAAGAAGUUCCUGACAGCCAGUGAAACUCACAACAAUAUCUACAUCUGACAAGGACAGUUAUGCUGCACUUUUUGUAAACUCCAGUUUCUUCUCUAGAGGACUUCUGGGAUUUUAUUUUUUCCCCCUUAAAAGUAGAAUAAAUUCCAGUAGAUUUUUACUUUCCCACUCAUUUUUGUUGCUUUUAACUCCAUCACUGAACACCCUUCUGCAUGGCUUGGAAGACUUUCUUCUGGAGUGAUUUUAGGAAAGAUUUUGGAUAUGAAAAGCAACUCCCUUUUUCUCCUCCUGAAGGGAUUGCCUUACCUAAAAGUAUUCCUUUUAUAUUUUAAAAAGGAAAAUACAGAUAAGGAAUUCUCUCUGUAUCUAACAAGACCUCUGACUUUUUUACUUUACUUGGAGAUCUGAAGGUUUUUCUAUUAUUUGAUGCUCUGCAAAGAUUUGUCUGUGAUCAAGAAAAUGCAUUCUCUGUCCUUUCCCAUCCACAGAGAAUUUUGCUAAUGUUUAUUUAUGGCUCCACAUGCCCUUUUAAAUGUAUAUAUUGAUGCAAAAUGCAGUAAUUAAAGUGUGAUAAAUGCCUUUAAAACGUGGCUAGUGAAAAAUAACCUCACCUGGUCAAAGGGGAUCACAGGCUGCUUCAGCUGGAUUUGCCAGGGCAAACUGAUUUAAUCCACUCUGAACCACCAAAAUUUGGGCAGUGGCAGGAAUAAUAAAAGAUCUCUUAGGCAGAGCAUGAGACUUUUAGAGGAAAGUAAAAGGUUUUAAAAGUGUCUCAGAAAAUUCUCUGGAAGUUGGUAAUGAUUUCAGCAGUUUAUUUCAAGUGUUAACUAGGAUUGAGGUGCAGUUCUGAGUUGUACUCUGUUUAAUUUAACGUUUUGUUUAAGAAAAAGGUGUUAAAGUAUUAAUUUGCUCCCAGGGAAUUCUGUUCUCUGCUGGCUGCAGCUUUGAUUUGCACUGGAUGCUCCGUGGAUAUUUCUGAACAGUGUUUUCCUUCACAGAACUGUCACUGAUUUAAAUUUCAGUUCAGGUAACUACAGAUGAGCAUAUCUUGCCCAAAGUGGUGCUGGAUUUUGGAACUGGAUUUUGGAACAAAUUCUGAAGCUUUGUUGGGUUUUUUCCCCCUAUUUCCGUCCAUCCUUUUAAUUCAAAAAUUGGUUUUAUGUGUGAUCUGAGCUGAGAAUUUUGUUGUUUUGAAAGUUGACUGCCCCAUUUUCUAACUUUUACAUGUUUGGUUCGUAAUAAAUAAAGCAGAUUGCAAGAAAUAUCUUUAAUGGUAAAUUAUGCAGACCCUUAGGGGAAUUGUGAAUUUAUUUCUGGUGUUGGUGUGGUCACCCAGGCAGUUUGCAAUGUUUCAAAACAGUUACUACAUUAUAUUUAAUUCAGUUUUUACUACCUGGCUUUAUGUUGAGGUGUGAGAUGCUCCUAAACACCUUGAAUAAAAGUGGCAAACAAAACCA